GAGAGGUGGCGGCAGAUUUUCAUAUUUAAGCAGAGGUUUGCAACAUCGUCAGUCAGUCCAGGGUGUAACUUGGUGAAGAGCAUUACAUCUUAGAGACAAAAUGGCGGAUAAGGAAAAGAAGGUCAAGAAGAAGAAGAAGGAAGAAGCGCCAGCUGACGCUGCGCCCGCCGCGGAAACCAGAACCUCCAGCAAGGGCUCCUCCAAGAGCUCCUCGAAGAAGGCCAAGCGCUCCGGUUCGAAUGUCUUCUCCAUGUUCUCCCAGACUCAGGUCGCCGAGUUCAAGGAAGCCUUCCAGCUGAUGGACCACGACAAGGACGGUAUCAUCAGCAAGAGCGACCUCAGGGCCACCAUGGACGCCGUCGGCAAACUGUCCAACGAGAAGGAACUGGACGAGAUGAUCAACGAGGCGCCGGGACCGAUCAACUUCACCCAAUGGCUGUCACUCUUCGCCAUCCGCAUGCAGGACUCCGGCGGCUCCGACGAAGAUGAUGUCGUCAUCGCCGCAUUCAAAUCCUUCGACACCGAAGGCACCAUCGACUCCGAAGUGUUCAGGCACGCCCUCAUGACCUGGGGAGACAAGUUCAACGCGAAGGAGGUCGACGAUGCGUUCGACGCGAUGGAAAUCGACGACAACGGCAAAAUCGACACCGCCGCCCUCAUCACCAUGCUCACCGGCACCGAAGAGGACGCAGAAGGUGGCGAAGCCGCUUAAACAACAACAACAACAAAUCCAUUUAUUACUCGCACAUUUUACAACAAUGUAAACUAUAUAUUAAAGGAAAAAAACC